AUGAGUCGUUGGUCUUCUUCAUCAACACCCGGAAGUGUUCGUCCUGUUUAUGGUGCUCAAUACCCACCUUUGAAAAGCCUUUCCGGGAGCCCAGUGAAACAAAAAGACUCAAAUUUGAGCAAAUCACCGCCGAACAAAUUUGCCGAUUAUGAAAAUAGUGUAUCCGACGCAUGGGACUCUCGUGUGGUGUUGGAUCAAAGUGCGGCGUGUGCUAGUGCGGCUCGAGUUUUGGCAGCUCACGCGGCAGCAGCAGCUCGAGACGAUGCAAUAAUGCCUCCUGUUUCGACAGCGCCCACGAAAAACAGCAGAGUACAAGCCAUGCAACGAUUGGCCAUCCAGAAAGAGCCCUUGCCAUCUGCAUCAGCCCAAUCGCAAAGCCCAGUAAUUGCCCCAUCACCAAUCUACCCACGCCUCCCCGAAAUCUCCACCGAUGAUAAAAUGCAUCCAGAUAAAGGAAAAGACAAAGAUGUGGCUCGUUUUGAUCGUUUGCGGAAAGUGCUUGGCGCAAGAAAGAAUAGUGGUGGAGCGAAUGGGAGAGCCGAUUCACCACCAGCUGAAAUUGAUAUGGAAAAACUACGAGAAGACUGUUGGAUGGGCAUUCCGCACAAAUUGAGACCGACAGCCUGGAGACUUUUAUCGGGUUACUUACCACCGAACGUGAUCCGAAGAGAAGUGACGUUGCAAAGAAAACGCGAAGAAUACUGGCAUUAUGUUGAACAGUAUUUUCACACACGAUUUGACGAUCAUCAUAAUGACACUUUUAGACAGAUUCACAUUGACAUCCCGAGAAUGUGCCCGCUGAUCCCGUUAUUUCAACAGAAGCUUGUUCAAGAGAUGUUCGAGAGGAUUCUCUACAUUUGGGCGAUCCGCCAUCCGGCAAGCGGUUACGUGCAGGGAAUCAAUGAUCUUGUCACUCCGUUUUUUGUCGUCUUUCUGAGCGAAUUCAUUCCACAACACGUUGAGGUCGGAACUUUUGAUGUCUCACAACUACCGAGGGAACAAAUCGAGCUUGUUGAAGCGGAUAGUUUUUGGUGCGUUUCUUCACUACUCGACUCGAUCCAAGACAACUACACCUUUGCUCAACCGGGAAUUCAACGCAAAGUCCUUCAGCUGAAACAUUUGAUGAGCAGAGUUGAUAGACCUCUUCAUCGUCAUUUGGAAGGAAAUCAAGUCGAAUACUUGCAAUUUGCGUUUCGAUGGAUGAACAACUUGUUGAUGCGAGAGAUCCCGUUGAGGGCAACGAUUCGAUUGUGGGACACGUAUCUUGCCGAGCGAAACGGCUUCUCGCAAUUUCACAGCUACGUGUGUGCGGCUUUUCUCCGCGCGUGGAGUAAACAAUUGCAAGCGGAGAGAGAUUUUCAGGGUAUCAUGAUUUUGCUACAAAAUCUGCCAACACAGUCGUGGGGUGAUCGAGAAAUUUGCGAGUUGACAGCCGACGCGUAUUCACUUCAAGCAGUGUUUGAUGGUGCUGCUCGACAUCUAACUUCCGGGCAAUCGAGUCCA